AAAAAAGAGGAACACUCUCAGAUCAGCAACUGAGACUCGGGCGAUCGAUUUCCAGCAAACGCUCGGGCGAUGGCGACGCUCCGACACGCGGCGAGGAGGAUGCUCGCCAGCCAGGCACCGCAGCCGAUCUACAGGGCGGCCGUCGCGGAGCAGCAGCGGCGCCUACUGCCGACGGUAACCCCCGGCAGUUCGUCCGCCUACCCUCGCCGGUUUUCCUCGAUGCAGCAUGGGGAAGCUGACCUGCUGACCGUUGAGGAGAAGAUCAGGAUCUUUAAAAGAGGCACCCACUUGCUCUACAGGGCAACGAAGGCAGUUGCUAAAAUUGUGGGUUGCUGUUAUGCUUUGAAACUAUCGUUCAUUGUGAUAAUCACACCUAUACCAGAGUUGAUUUCUAAUCUCGAGGAAUCGAAGAAGAAAGCACAAGAUAUGCUGCAGGAACUGCGGGGCAAGGCUCGUGAAGCUUAAAGCAUGGUAGUAACAGAUGAGCAGCAUUGAACUACAGUUAUGGAGCUGGCAAUUGAUUUGUUCGGCCUAAAUUAUACAGCCCAGAGUUACCAGAUGUGCCAUUUUUGAACUUUUGGCAUGCUGUCCAUGUUGUCAGAUCCAGCUCUACUCCUUCUAAGCACUAUUAUUGGUUACUGCACAUGUUGUGCUUCCUUUAGCUGUUAACUCUUUUAAAUUAGUUUUGCCCAACGGUUAAUUUGUAACAGUGUGGUAGACUCUAUGGAGCAACCUCAUAGAGUUACUAAGUUAUUAACACUACAUGCAUCAAGUUAUGUCCCAUGAAAAUCUGAGGUCGGAGUUUACUUUCUCACAAUUUGGCACCAUCUUUUACUGAAUGGAUGUUUCUUCAACAA